UUUUCUGUUGGGCGUAAACACUGGCAGAAAGUCCAGAUUAUUUGGUGAUUUUGCAUUGUAAAUGUCGAUGUAGUUGGAGUUUUGAGUAAGAUGUUAUAUUUACUUUUACGUUAUGAGGUGGAGCCUUUUGGAAAUAUUAACACAUGACUUAUUAAGACUUUAGUUUUAUCUUAGUUUUCACGGUGCAGAUUCCCGCUGCUCAUCGCGACCCCAAACAAGAAUGGAAAUGGAGGACACCCUCUCAAGUCCGGAGGAGGAGAGUGAAGCGCCUGAGCUCCCUCCAAAGCCCAGAAGUCUCAAGAGUCUCACCAGAAUCGCUGCCCGAUUUGUGGAACUAAUGCAUAAUUCUGAAGGUGGACGACUUGACCUCAAAGAAGCAGUGAAAGUCUUGGCUGUCACUCAAAAAAGGCGAAUCUAUGACAUCACAAAUGUGUUGGAGGGCAUCGGUUUGAUUGAGAAAAUCACAAAAAAUAUUGUGCAAUGGAAGGGAAUACUUCCAGGAGGCAGUGCUGUUAACCUAAGCAGACGACACAUGCUUUUAAAGUGUGAAUUAAAAGAAUUGAAGGAGAGAGAAGAGAUGCUUGAUCUCCAACUGCGCUGGGCUCGGCAGAGCAUCAAGUACAUAUACGAAGACUUCAAAGCUUUAUCCUAUGUGACCCAUGAGGAUAUCUGCAACUCCUUCAGUGGCCAUACUAUAUUAGCUCUACAAGCACCUUCUGGGACACAAUUAGAUGUUCCUAUUCCCAAAGCGGUCAGAGAUGGUCCAACAACAUACCAAAUUCAUCUGAAAAGCAACAACGGGCCAAUAGAUGUUGUACUUCUUAAUAAGCGCGCAGACAACUCAGAAGCUGUGAUGUUACCAGUUCCACCAUCCAAGGAAAUCCUACAUGAUGCUCAGUUAGCUCUGGGUAAUUUAACAGAGAAGCAAAUCCAGUCCUUAUCUUGUCAACCUUCAGAGAAUCCCAGUCAAAGAAACAUACGGACACUUCAGACGUUAUUUCAGCAGCUAGAAUCUAAUAAAACUGGCAUGUCUGGAUUUCACUGUUUGUCAAAAAAUAUCAAAGAUCUUCUUGACCCAUCUAAAGAUAUUAAUACAGAAAACAAUCCAGGCCAAGCCAAUCAAUUUGUGGUUCCUGAGGUUGUUCCCUUGUCACCACCCCCAAUCAAUGAAUACCACUGUAAUCUGGAUGAAAGCGAGGGCCUCUGUGACUUAUUUGAUGUUCCAAUGUUUUGAACAUCACUUUGACACUUUAUACGGUUUUAC